GCAUAUAAUACAUAAAUGUGUACCAUAUAAAAUGCGACCGUGCACACUUUCAUAUCUAUACUUGGUAGUUCUUAACAUAUGGAGCAGAACGUUCGUAAUCGCAGAUGAUAUAAAGAUAACGAAAGGGGGAACAGAAAUCGCCAAUAUAAAGCAAGAUAUCAAUUCAACCAGUGAAAAAAAUGUCAUAGAAAUCAAAUUAAACAACCCAGAGAUUAAAGCUACAACUGUGGAAAAGGACUCUGGCGAUAAUGCCAAAGAUGUGGACUCCAAGGCUAAAAACACGGGCCCUGAGAUCAGUGUCAAGUCAUCCAGUAUAGAAGUCGUGCAAAAUCAAUCAUCUGACUCAAAGAGUACUGACAAAAAUACAAUUGCAACUAUAACUGUGAACAUUCCCAAUGCAAAAGAACAAACGAUCGAAAUUAAAAAUGUAGAAGCUCCUAAAAUUAUAGAAAAGGAAAUCAAAAGUGAUGGAUUUGUUGAUAGAAUCAUAAGGUUUAUAAGGAGCGAUUUCAGGUUCCUGAUUAAAUGUGGAUCCGUGUUAUCAUCACUCUUGAUGCAGGUUACACCCAUUCAUACUGCUCUCACUAUUAGGAAGAACAGAUCAACAAAAAACCUGAAAAUACUCACAUUCAUCACAUCUGCGUAUUCCAAUCUAUUAUGGUCACUAUACGGUUUUCUUACCGUCAAUAUAAUUAUCAUUGUGUCCAAUUUGCCAGGAACGCUAAUCAAUUUUGUUACUCUUUGGGUAUUUCACAGCUAUUGUACUGAUCUGUCUCAACGUACAAUCUUGAUCAUUUCUUCAAAGGUACUAGGAGUUUUUGCAGCUAUUCUGUCGGUUCUGUACCUUCUUUUGGAUAUGGAGACAUAUUUAACAAUUGUCGGUCUUUUUGGAGGAUCUUUGUUGGCAAUAUCUUACACAUCUCCAUUGGUUUCAUUCAAUGAGAUUCUGGAAUCUAGAAACACAUCGACGAUGCCCACGGAGAUAUCUUUGGGAAACUUUAUCGGAGCAUUUUUCAUGUUUUCUUAUGGAUUUAUAAUCUGGGAUCUCUUGGUUAUUGCACCAAACUUUUUAGGGGUUAUCAGUGGGCUUAUUCAGCUUACUUUGCUGUUCAUGUUCCCUCACUCGGAUCGUAUCAUAAUCUCGGAGGUAGAAAUCCUGGAGAAACCAAAUAAUUUCAAGUCUAUAUUAAAUAUAGACCAAGACGUUGAGCUUUAA